AUGUCAAUACAAAUUACAUUUUUGAACAGCAAGUAUCAAAACAAUAAUUUUGAAAAUGGUUUGGCCGAUCUUAUCGCAUGUUCAAACUAUGCGUUUUCUGUCACCUUGCGAAUAAGCCAUCUCUUCGACAAUUUUUAUUGGCGUUAUCAAAUGUACUACCUUGCAACGUGGUGCUUCACUCAGUACUACACUUUUGAAGUACUACGCAUACUUGGUAUUCUUCUUAUUACCUUUCAACGAUACGUCACGAUGUGUUGCAGCGGAUCAGCUACUGAACAUGUGAGUAAAAGUGAAAUAUAUGGAUACAGGAAAGUAAAAGAGAAAGGCAAGGAAUAUAUAGGAAGGUAUUACAAGUACAAAUACUAUGAGAAUAACAAAACUUUGUUUUAUCAGCUCAUCGAUGCUGUAGAGUAUUCUUUGGUACCGAAUUUCUCUGUGCUGCCAUGGUCUACUCACACGAAGGCUCUCUAUAGCUAA